AUGGAUGUGCUAGUGGAGUGGAGAAACGGAAAAAGAAAUAUAGUUGCAUCAAAUGAGUUGUUGGCAGUAAAAAAAGGACAGACACUUAAAAAAGAUGUUGGUGUUAAGAUGUACUACUCAAAGAGAUGGUACUAUGAUGGUAUUGAAACGGAAAAUCAACCACAUGUAGUAGAGAACAAAAAGAAAAAAAAUAACAAACGAUACAGCAGACCUGAUUGCAAUGUCGAUGCCACUGAGCAAACUGUAUCUUCAGAUAAAAAUUCAGAUUCUGAUAUUCCGCUAGCACGACUUUUGAAAAAGAGCGAAACACUUGUUGAAAGAAGCGAAGAAACUGAGAAAGGAGCUCCGAAUUUGAAAAACAAAGGCAAGGAUUUUUGCUGUCUAUUUCCUUAAACUAUAUUUAAAAUAGUUAU